AUGAUUGACCACGUCCUGGGCCGGCCCUCGACCAAGUCGCGGCGCCUCCAGGUCCUGGCCGUGCUCGCCCUCUGGAGCGUCUACCUGCACAAGGGCGGCGCCCACGGCCCGCCGGGCAUCCGGCACCUCUCCCGCUUCUUCACCCGACGCCUGACGUCGUGGCAAGUCUUUGUGCUCACCAUGCUGUCCGCCUACGCCGCGCGCAACUUUUCCGCCCUCGUCGGCCUGGCGAGCCCGGAACCCAUGGCCAACAUGUACGACUCGACCUACUUUCGCGCCACCUGGGUGCUGACGGCCAUGGACGCCGGCUUCUGGACCGCCAUGCGCAUCCGCGCCAAGUGGGCGCGCGACAUUGCCAGCGUCGUCUUUUCCGUCUUUUACCUCUUCGCCGCCGAGAGGGCCGACGAAAAGGUGCGCAAGGUGAGAGGCAUGAUUACCGUGGAGCACAUGCGCUUGGCCUGGAACAAGGGCACGACGCCGUAUCUGCGGGUGCUGCAGAGCCUGAUGCGUCCGCGCUUUACAAAGUGGCCGCCGCGGCAGGUGCGCAUCCCGCGGCCGGCCAACAGCGAUUACAAGGAGCCCGUGUCGGCGUGGCUGUACUUUGACGGGCCGCUCGCCGACCUCAAAAAGCAUACGCGCCUGGUCCUGGACGUCCCGGGCGGCGGCUUCGUCGCCAUGGAUCCGCGCUGCAACGACGACAAGCUGUUUGCGUGGGCGACCAAGUCUGGCCUGCCGAUUCUCAGCCUCGACUACAAAAAGGCGCCCGAGUUUCCCUACCCGUACGCGCUCAACGAGGUAUUCGACGUCUACGCUACACUCAUCCGCACGCGUGGCAAGUGCAUCGGCAUGUCCGGCGAGACCGUCCCCCAAAUCGUCAUCACCGGCGACAGCGCCGGCGGCAACCUGAGCGUGGCGGCGACGCUCAUGAUCCUCGAAACGGCCAGCACGCCCUUUCGCAAGACGCCGCGGGGCAGCACGCUCCCGCCGCCCGACGGCCUGGUCUGCUUCUACCCGGCGCUGGACAUGAAUAUUGGCAACUGGAUGACCGACGAGCAAAUGUCGCUGAUUCGCGACCGCAAGUUUCGCAAGACCAAUCUCGCCAUUGUGCGCAGAAAGAGCCGCCAGUACACCGACGUUGUCGGCACGCCGUACCAUUCCGAGGACGAGGACGAGUCAUCACCCAGGGACACGGCCGAACCACAACCAGCCGGCGACCCCAUCGACCAGCUCCAAGAAUCACGCCCAGAAUUUUCCCACAGCGCACCGCAGGCGCUCAGCGCGCCGACGUCGCCGGCGGCUACGACGGCCACGACGACGACCACGACCGUGUCGCACCGCCCGGAGCCGAUGAAGACGCGACUGGCCACGUCGUCCAUGAUUUCCUACGUCAACGACCGCGUGCUCACGCCCGAGAUGAUGCGCGCCAUGAUUAUCCUCUACAUUGGCGAGCACAACCGGCCCGACUUUUCGCAAGACUACCUGCUCAGCCCCGUUCUCGCGCCCGACUACCUCCUCGCCCGCUUCCCCAAGACGUACUUUAUGACGGGCGAGCGCGACCCGCUCGUCGACGACACCGUCAUUUUUGCGGGCCGUCUGCGCCGCGCCAAGGAGGAGAUGGCGACCACGCGCUCCGGCCUUUUUCCCGAGGACGAGCGCGACGGGCAUGCCGACGCCGCGCCGGAGGUGGUGCUGAUCCCUGGCGCCUCGCACGGCUUCAUGCAGUUUCCGGGCAUCUACCCGCCGUCGUGGCGGCAUUUUGAACGCAGCGCCGAGUGGUUUGACCAGCUAUUCGCCGACGCGGACGAGACGAGAAAGAGACAGAGGCGGGCUAGGCGGGCUAAGCGGGCAAGGCGGCAAGAAGAAGAAGAAGAUGAUGAAGCAGAAGCGGCGGGUCGCGAAAAGGCAACGGCGACGGCGACGGCAGCGGCGGUGGCGGUGGCGGAAUCGAGCGGCGACGAGGAUAGGCCGUUGGAGAUUAGCAUGACUAAGCUGACGCGAGGACGGAGCGGAACGGUGAGUCAAGAAGACAAGAAAAAGAAGAAGGAGCAAGUCAACGGAGGAAGCGGGGAAGUGGAGGGAGAGCGAGAGGAUGAGAAUGAAGAGCGGCCCAAGCGCAAGAUUAAGCAAAACAAGAGCUUGUUGAAGCUCAAGAGCACAGAUGACUUGCUGGGGCGGCGCAUGGCAGGCGUCGCGAGCGGAUUGACGGGGACGGGCGAGCAAGAUUAA